AAUAGAUUUUGCUAGCUCAUGUUGAGCAUGAUCUAGAUUCUAGAGCGUAUUUGAUUAAGUUGUAUCGUCGAUGUAUUUCAUUCCUUCAUUCAUUCAUCCGUUGCUUUAAUUCCCAGAUCUCCAACCUUUUCUCCACCUCUUGCGUGCUCGUCCAACAUUCCCAUUCUCCCCUCUUAAGUUUCCUCUUAUUCUCCUUAAACUGAUGCACCAAGGAAGCUCCUAUCCUGUCCUGCUAUAUAUUUUUAUCAAGGACGGUAGAUGAUUCCUUUUUCACAGCUUAAGUAGUCACCUGUUAAACACUCUUCCCAAAGGCAGAAGAGAUCGAGCCGAGUUAUAAUUAUGAAGAUGCGCGUGAUCAUUCUACUGGGAUUAUUUCUCUCCUGCUCCGCACUACUUGCAAAAGAAGCAGAAAUGGAUGUUGUGACACCGAUAACCACAGUUCCAGUGAUCAAUCCUACCAUAACGCCCCCUACUACGACGACAACCCCUGUCUACAAUCCAUUUCCGACGAUAUCAUCUCCGGUCACUCCAACGCCGAUCACGAACCCGUUCUCGACACCGGCAAUGAUGACUCCGUCGGGGCAAAACUGGUGCGUGGCUAGCCAAACUGCGUCGCAGACGGCGCUGCAGGUGGCUCUGGACUACGCCUGUGGAUAUGGAGGGGCAGAUUGUUCAGCGAUUCAGAAAGGUGGGAGCUGCUUCGAUCCUGAUACCCUGCGUGACCAUGCUUCCUAUGCGUUCAACGAUUACUACCAGAGGAAUCCGGUUCCUACCAGUUGCGAUUUUGGAGGAACAGCUAGCAUUGUCAAUGCGGAUCCGAGUACUUCGACAUGCCAUUAUCCGUCGACCAGCACGAGCCCAUCGCCAGUCGUCAACACAACUUACCCUUCUCCCGCAACUUAUCCUUCUCCCUCGGGAUCAGACGUUUAUGGAUCAUCUGUUCCUCCAUCUACGGAAGAAAGCGACUCCGCCUCGAUCUUGAACAGCGUGCAACUUUGGAUAUCCCUGGUGUGUCUCCUGGUGCUGCUCGGCGAUUUAUCUGUCAGCAACUAGACGCGCGAAGUCUUCAGUGAGGUUCAAAUUGAUUAGGUUGAUGGUGAUUGCUUGGAGCAGCAACCACCAUGCGGAUUCCCACGCAAAAGAUGCAGAAUUAAGGAGAAUUAAACCCCAAAUUGAAGGGAAUGAAUGCACUUGAAAAUUCUUAUUCUGUAGAGUCGGCAAAGAUGGGGAAGCAAUUCCUUGCAAAGCCAUCAGCAGUGCCGGGAAAACUUUUAGGACAAUUUGUUUUAUUCGGUCUAAAAUACAUACUCUAGUACCUUUUGACAAAUUUACUCCAGCUCUUUGCCAACACAUUGCAUUUCAAGAAACACGUAUUAUUUCUUUAUUUAAAAGAUA